GCCCAUUAUAAUACGCAUCUUCUCCGAAACCCCAAACGCUAGCGCCGUCGCGGUGUAUGGUCACCGGAUAGUUCGGACGUCGAUCGGAGUGGAUUCAGUUAUCGAGAAAUGGAUGUCGACGCUAAUGGAGGGAACAUCAGCUCCCUGCGUAUUUCCACCGUGGAUGAAGAGGAUGAAGAGGACGAAAUUCAACAUGACAAGGUUAAAGAUGAAGUCAGCGAGGAAGAAGAUGAAGAAGAAGAUGGAGCACUGGUGACGUUAGGUUUUGUGGAGAAGCCGAAAACACCGUGGUCGUUGCACCGCCAGUAUUUCCCUAGCAAAGCGGGUGGCACUCCGGCAUGGCUGGACCCCAAAAACCUGCCCUCUGGAAAGUCCAUUCAUUGUGAUUUUUGCGAAGAACCUCUGCAGUUUGUGCUUCAGGUUUAUGUGCCAUUAGGUGAGGAAUCAACUUUUCACCGGACAUUGUAUCUUUUCAUGUGUCCUUCAAUGGCCUGCCUUCUUCGCGAUCAGCAUGAACAGUGGAAGCGGCAGCCGGAGAUUCCAUCAAGAAGUGUCAAGGUUUUCCGGUGUCAAUUGCCGAGAGUGAAUCCCUUUUAUUCAAGUGUGGCGCCCCCGGAAGAUGGCACUGCACAACCAUUGAUGGAUGGAGCACCACUCUGUGAUUGGUGUGGCACAUGGAAAGGGGACAAGCUUUGCGGUAGCUGUAAGAGAGCACGCUAUUGUUCUGGAAAGCACCAGGCUGCUCAUUGGCGGUCCAGUAGCUCGAGCCAUAAAAUCUCCUGUCAGCAAGUAAAGACAUCUGACGAAGAAGCUGCAUCUGCUAGGUUUGAUAAUAGGCAAACAGCUGCCAGCAACACUCUUUUUCCAGAGUAUGUGAUCAUUGAUGAGGAUGAGUGCGAAGAUGACGAGGAAAAAUCUAAUGACACCGGAUCUUCUAGCUCAUUGAUAUCAAGAAGCCACACAGAUAGUUCUUACGGAAAAUGGAUGUCAUAUUUUGAGGGGCACAACGACAAUAAGAGUUGGGCUUCCUUCCAGGAGAGAAUAUCCCGGGCUCCUGAUCAAAUCUUGAGGCUGAACUGCAGGGACUCUAGCUCCGGUCCAGCAAAGCCACUGUGGCCGGUGUCCAGUGGUCGACCAUCAAGACUCGACAUACCUAAAUGUAGCUAUUGUGACAGCACCCGUGUUUUCGAACUUCAGGUUUUGCCGCAGCUGCUUUAUUUCUUCCAUGUGGAAGAUACCGAAGAUUCUCUCGACUGGGCGACCAUCGUCAUAUAUACAUGCGAGGCGUCGUGCCACGGUGGCGCGGCAUACAUAGAGGAAUUUGCUUGGGUUCAGCUUGCUUCUCAGUCUAUACCAAACCAGUGAUCAAGACAAAGGUGUUAAUGUUCAGAUUUCAGACAUGUUCCUUAAAAUUUUGAUAUAAAUUGCUGCAACAGCGUAUUACAUAUAUAUAUAUAUAUAUAUAUUUAUGUUUUGUUUGAA